GUCGAUGUCGGGCUUUUGAGGACACUGAAUGCCCAGCGCCGACCGGUAUAUUCGCUGAGAGUUUCGAUUCGCGCGCAUGUCGCGCUGGCUUGUCGAGCUAAUCGAGAAGCGGCUGCAUGAGGUGCUCAUUCCGAUCGACCCGAACAACCCGGUCUGCCGCGUCGACCUCCGCGCGGGCCUCAUCGAGCUCGAGGAUGUCCGGCUGCACGCCGCCUUCCUCUCGCGCAACUACACGCUUCCCGUCGAGGUGCUUUCGUCGCACGUGCGGCGCGUGCGCGUCAAGUUCUCGCUGCGCGCCCUCCUCACCCGCCACCGGAUCGAGCUCGAGCUUGACGGCCUCGCCCUCGUCCUCGCGCCGAGAGACGAUCCGCCCAUCGAGGUCGCCCGCUCCAUCUUUCGGCGUGAGAAGCAGCAGGCGAUCGCGGGCGCGGAGCUGUGGCAGGCGCACUCGCGCUCGAUCUCCAACGACCUCGGCGCGCAGCCCGACGGCUCGAGCCACGGCGGCAUGCGCAAGCUCCGUGCCUUCGGCGCCAGGGUCGCUCAGCAAGCCGUCGACCUCUCGCGGCCUCGCACCGCGAUCACGCUGCACUCGACGCUGCAGAGCGCGCGGCGGAGGGGCGCAAAGGGCGCCGCCGCCGCCGACCGAGUCAAGGACGGCACGCCGGUCCGGGUCCGGCUGCAGGUGGCCGCCCUCGAGGAGGUGGACAAGUCGCUCGUCCUCUACGUGCGGCGGCAGCGCGCGCGCCUCAACGGGCGGCCUGACGUGCCUGUGCGGGCGGCGCCGCGAGAGUGGUGGAGGUACGCGCUGCGCUGCAUCUUCGCGUCGCGCGAGGCGCUCGAGGUGUGCACUGAGCUGUCGGGCCACUCGUGGAACGCCCUGUGGCGCGUGCUCGCCAUCCGGCAGAGGUACUUGCACCUGCACCGGCGCGGGAGGUACAACUUGCCGCAGCUGCCGCCGCUCUCGCUGCCGCAGCGCGAGGAGCUGCUCACGAUGGAGGAGCUGCUCGAGCUCGACACGAUCCUCCUCUUCCGCCGCUUCGUCCACUGGCAGAUGGUGCAGCUGCACGGCGAGCCGGCGGCGCACGAGGCGUACCUCGGCGGCGGGCUCGACCAGGAGCUGCUCCGCGUGGACGAGUCGGCCCUGUCCGAGCCAGGCAAGGACUCGCUGUACCAGUUCUCGCUCGCCGACCUGCAGUCGCUCACGCAGGUGGCGACCAAGGUCCUCUCCACCACCGACUCGCUCGGCCGCGCCGCCAGCUCGCGCUUCCGCCGCUUGCUUCCCGGCAAGCCGGCCCGCUCCCCCGGCAAGGGCCCCCCUCCCGAGCCGACCAUCGCAAAGCCAAAGUCGCCGGGCAACGGGCGCAGCCGCCGCCCCGCGCGCGUCUCCGCCGCAUCGAGGCGCGGCAGCGACGGCAGCGAGGGCUGCGAGGGCGGCGAGGCCUCCCUCUCCGCGACGCUCUCCCCGUCGGCGUCGCUGCCGGGCAGCCCGGCCCGCGGCGGCGGCGAGUGGGGCGAGGGCGGGGGGCAGUGUGGUGGCGCGGCAGGGCCCGCUGCUCCUGGGGUAG